AGCUUGACGAGACUGCUCAAUCGAAUUCAAGGGGAAACUUCAACGUUGCUGGAAAUUAUUCGCAUCUCUCAAUAGGCGCUUUCGAAUUCACGAGCUAAAAUUAAGUCGAAAAUGAGGCCCGACUUGUUGAUAAUGGUAAUCUCCGUGAUGUUAAGCGUUAGCUUCGGAUCAGUCGCAGCGACGCCUGUCCCGAUGAGCGACACUUUCGAAGCUGGUGAUCCACUCACCGAGAAAGAAUUCAGUUACAACAUUUCUAGUAAAGUUGCUGGAAAAGGAAUCGAGUCGAACGAUUUCAUGCCGUGGAACAAACAAAAUCCCGAGCUUUUUGAAGGCGACAUCAUGCAAAGCAAAACGAAAAACGCCAACCUCAACGGGCGUUGGCCAAAUGGAAGGAUUCCUUACAUUAUCUCGGCGAGCUACAAUUCGGCUCAGCGUCAAGUCAUCGCCUUCGCUAUGAACGAGUUCCACAAGAGAACUUGUAUCCGUUUUGUUUCCCGAACUAAUAGUGAUCCACACUACAUCCGCAUCCUACCAACUGGUCAAGGGUGUUCAAGCUACAUAGGUAGAAUCGGUGGUAGCCAAGAUGUGAGUCUCGACAGCGGCUGCAUCUCAAACCUCUCGCCGGGUACCGUCAUGCACGAGCUGAUGCAUUCCGCUGGAUUUUGGCACGAACACACGCGUCCUGACCGCGACAGAUAUGUGUCCAUCAAUCUAUCCAACGUUAAUCCAAGUUACAGAUUCAACUUCAAUAAAAUGUCGUCAGCGCAGGUCACCACCCUCGGAUUGUCUUACGAUUACGGUUCAGUGAUGCAUUACCCAAAGAACGCCUUUGCCAUGAAUCCCAGUGUCCCUGUCAUCAAGGCACUGAUUGGAAACCCUACUAUAGGUCAAAGAUCGGCAUUUAGCGCGCUCGACGUGCAAAAACUCAACAAGUUGUACGGAUGCGUGGGCAAAUAGUCUCUCCGUUAACUGCAUUAUCCGACUGUAGCUGUAGAGAACUGGCUGUUAGCAUCGAUGCAAUCUACCUUCCGCCUUGGUCUUCAUUCAUCCAAUGAAGCUAAUUCUAAAAUGCCAAGUUACUAUCGCUAAUGAGGCUUUUUUUUUAAUUCCUUGUUAGUAGUACUAAGAAAUAUUCAUUUGCAAAUAGAAAACCUACUUUUGCGUUAUUAUACCAAUGCAUUUAACCAAUACGCCGUAAUACAAAUACUUUGUUGAGCAUUAUA